AUGUCUCUGAAGUAUAUCCUCCCUGCGCUGGCCGCCAGCCAGGCUGUUUUCGCUGCCUCCUGCAGUGAUACUAAGAUCAAGAGCCAGAGCGAUGCUGAUGGCAUCAACACCUGCUCCACCAUCAAGGGUGAUGUCACCAUCGACGAGUCCUACAGCGGCGAGCUCUCGCUCAGUGGUGUCGAGAAGAUCAACGGUGGUCUGAUCUGCUCUGGUGGUGCCAACGUCAGCUCCAUCACUGCUCCCUCCCUUACCACGAUCGGAAAGGCCUUCGACUUGUCGGGUCUCACCACCCUGACCCUCCUCGAUUUCGCUCAGCUCGAUUCCGUUGGUUCCAUUAACUGGGAGGCUCUCCCUAAGCUCCAGUCGUUGUCCUUCUCCAAGGGUGUCACCAAGGCUGGCGACGUCAGCAUCGCCAACACUGGCCUGACUGACUUGAACGGUAUCACCCUCAAGACCGUCGGUACCUUCAGCAUUCAGAACAACCGUGACCUGAGGACCAUCAACAUCAACAACCUUAUGAACGCCACCGAUCUGAUCAGCUUCUCGGGUAACUACGACACCCUCGAGGUCGACCUCCCCAACCUGGGCACCGGUACCAACAUGACCUUCCAGAACAUCUCCUCCGUCUCCCUGCCUUCUCUCGAGAAGCUCACCGGUCAGCUCGGCUUCUGGGGUACCAAGUUCGAGACCUUCUCCGCUCCCAACCUGACCCAGACCGGUGACCUGCUCUUCAAGGACAACUCCAAGCUGUCCAACAUCAGCAUGCCCGUCCUGAAGACUGUUGACGGUGGAUUCACCAUUGCCCGUGAUGAUAAGCUCUCCGCCAUCAGCCUGCCCUCCCUCCAGCGUGUCAACGGUGCCAUUGACUUCAGCGGUACCUUCAACAAGCUUUCUCUCGGUGCGCUCAAGGAUGUCGAGGGUAGCUUCAACAUGCAGAGCACCCGCGGCAACUUCAGCUGUGAUGAUCUCCGCAAGCUGAAGAACGACGAUGUCAUCAAGGGUGGCUUCAAGUGUGAUGCCACCAACAACAACCCCACCACUGCCAACGGUGGCUCCGGCACCUCCAGCUCUAGCUCCAGCGGCUCUUCCAGCACCAGCUCCGGUGCUGCCUUCAUGAACGGUGCCAACGUCCCCGUCGCCGGCCUCGCCGCUGUCUUCGGUGCCCUUGCCCAGCUUCUGUAA